AUAAAGGCUCAAAAACUGCCUUGUAGCACCAAGGGGCCAAAUAAAGAGCUCAAGAGAAAUCCACGGAACCUUAGCUAUUGCCCCUAUUAGCCUUCCCAACUAGUUCCCUGGUCAAUUGCAAUGGCUUCAGUGCAAUGCUACAAACCUAAUGAGAAAACCAGCUGCCACCAGAACCCCUCCUUAGGCGAGAAGGUCUCCGAGAUGGCUAGCUCAAUCUUCAAAGGCCAUGGAAGCAACCACGGCCAUGGCCAGACUACCGAACGCUACAGCCAGACAGAGGUCUACUACACUGACCAUGGUGUGGAGAAAACCCAAACUGAGUACUACAGCAGCCAAACUGAAGAGCAUAGCCCACGCCACACCAUGUCCCACACGAGCCAGACUAAUGGUCACCAAUCCCUGCACCAUGCAUCCGGUGCUAUGGCUUGCCAGGGUAAGGCCAAAAAGAGGGGUGAGGGCAAGAAGAGAGGCCUUCUCCAGAAGAUCAAAGAUGGCCUUUCUGGUGACAGCAGCAGCAGCGACAGUGAGAGUGACGAUGAGAAAUGUGGGACAAGAAAGAACUGAGAGCAUCAGUCCUAGGGGAUGGAUCCAUGACCAAGUUAAUGAAGGUUUCAUAUGGUAUAAAAUAAAUAAAAUGGGUUAUGGAAUCAAUAAAACUACCUAUGUGGCAUGGAUAUUACUAAUAUACUAUAUGUAGUGAAGAAAUGCUGCUAUACUAUAGGAUGCCCCUUCAUGUAAAAGUGCAUUUCUAUUAUUAAUAUCAAUAUAUAUUAAUAUUAAUAAAGAACAGAAUAACUGAAUUGGAAUCCUCACCAAAUCCUGGA